CGCCGCCGCCAUCUCCCCGGCGGACGCACGUCACCGGUCCGUACGGGAAUACACUCCGCCGUUGCGGCUGAAGGGUUGGUGAGGGGGACGAGUUCUCGGACGGACAGCAGCCAGGUCCCAUCCUCAGGGUGCAGCAAUGGAGGUCUUUGUGUCUCAAAAUUUAGAGUUACUACAAGAAGAAAGAGCAGCUGAAAUUGAAGAAACCAGGGAAUGGCAGGAAAAUGUGUCUGUGAAAAAACUCCAGCUGCGAGGAGUAUGUUUGCUGAAGCUUCAGGUGGAAAGCCAGAGAACUGGACUGUACGGACGCUUUCUUGUCAGCUUUGAACCUAGGAAGUAUGAAGCCAGUGCCACGUUGCCCAGCAAUAACUUUGGUCCUGGGGACAUUGUGGGUUUAUAUGACAAUCAAGGCUCCACUCCUUUGGACCAACUUGCAUCUGGUGUUGUGACACGCAUCACACAAAAAUCAGUCACUGUAGCCUUUGAUGAAUCCAGUGAUCAGCUGAACUUUGACCAUGACUCUUCCUAUAAACUUUUAAAACUGGCUAAUGAUGUCACCUAUAAAAGACUGAAAAAUGCGUUAAAAGCCUUAAGCCAAUACCAUGCUGGACCUGCUUCUCAUCUCAUUGAUGUUCUGUUUGGUACUUCUGAGCCAAGUUCUCCAUCAGAACGUCAAAAAAGCCAGGAGCUGUACAAUCCCUGUCUAGAUGACUCUCAGAUAGAAGCUGUAAAUUUUGCACUGUCGCAGAAGGAAGUGGCAAUUAUCCAUGGUCCUCCUGGUACUGGGAAGACGACUACAGUUGUAGAAAUAAUUCUGCAAGCUGUAAAACAAGGCCUGAAGGUACUUUGCUGUGCUCCCUCUAAUGUUGCUGUGGACAACCUUGUUGAACGUCUGGCUCAAGUUAAAGCACAGAUUCUGCGAUUAGGUCACCCCGCACGACUGCUUGAGUCCAUACAUAGCCACUCUCUGGAUGCAGUAUUGGCACACAGUGAUAACACCCAAAUAGUAAUGGACAUUAGGAAGGACAUUGAUCAGGCUUUUGCAAAAAUGAAGAAGGCACAGGACAGGGGUCAGAAAGUCCACUUUCGCGGUGAGAUCAAGAGUUUGAGAAAGGAGCUGAGAGCGAGGGAAGAGGCGGCUACAGUACAGAUACUGAAAAAAGCCAGUGUUGUCUUGGCAACUAACACAGGUGCUUCUGAUGAUGGUCCAUUGAAACUCUUGCCAGAUGAUUAUUUUGAUCUUGUGGUGAUUGAUGAGUGUGCACAGGCAUUGGAAGCAAGCUGCUGGAUACCAUUAAUGAAGGCCCCAAAAUGCAUCCUGGCUGGAGAUCACAAACAACUUCCUCCAACCAUUAUUUCUAACAAGGCUGCAGCUAAUGGCCUAUCACUCAGCUUGAUGGAGCGGCUAAUCCAGAGAUAUGGUGAGCGGGUUGUGAGAAUGCUGACUGUACAGUAUCGAAUGCACAAUGCUAUAAUGCAAUGGGCCUCCAAACAGAUGUAUGGCGGACAACUUGUGGCUCACAAGAUGGUGGCAGCACACCUGCUAAAGGAUCUGCCUGGGGUUGUUUCCACUGAAGAGACAAUGAUACCACUGCUUCUAAUUGAUACUUCAGGGUGUGGCCUGCUUGAAAUUGAUGAAGAAGAUGAACAAUCUAAAGGAAAUAAGGGUGAGGUCCAAAUUGUGGCAAUGCACAUUCAAGCCCUGACUGAGGCUGGUGUCCAUCCAAAGGAUGUUGCUGUGAUAGCACCAUACAAUUUACAGGUACAACUCCUGAGAAAAGAACUGUCCAGCAAGUACCCAGAGCUGGAAAUUAAGUCUGUAGAUGGGUUUCAAGGAAGAGAAAAAGAGGCCGUUAUUUUAUCACUCGUGAGAUCAAACAGAAGAGGUGAAGUGGGCUUUCUGGCUGAAGACCGAAGAAUAAACGUGGCAGUGACUCGUGCGCGCCGCCACUUGAUGGUGGUUUGCGAUGCACGUACGGUCAGCACUCAUCCGUUUUUGAAAUCCCUGGUUGACUACAUAACAGAACACGGGGAAGUACGGACUGCCUUUGAGUACUGUGAUGAUAUUGUGUCAGAGAACUAUUCGCGUCCAGUCCUGCUGGCUGAGCAAAGGAGAGCAAAAAAUUCUUCAGUGCAAAAAAAUGGCAAGAGCUCAAAUGGUGACAAAAGUACAAUAGCUGCAAAAAUACAUAGAGACUCAGCAAACCAUAGUAGUCAAAAAGCUGAAAGUAGAAGGAAGGAUGCAGGUCAGGAUAGUUGCGAAAUACAGAAAGAUAAGGUUAUUUCAGAAACGAUGGAGAAAAGUACCAAAACUAUAAAUGUAAAAGAUAACUCUGAGAAGCUUAAGGAACAAAUAAUGCAAUUUAUAGAGGAUAGUGCAGCAAAUAAGUUUGAAUUUCCUUCAUCAUUGAACUCUCAUGACCGUUUGUUAGUGCACCAAAUAGCAGAAGAGCUUGGCCUUGAACAUUUUAGCAUGGGUGAAAACAAAGACAGGUUUAUUGUUGUGGCUAAAUCGGGUUUCUUGGAAAGACAAAAGCGGCUCAACUGUCAGGUGGACCAAACGUGGUCGGAUGUGCCUCUGCAGUCGAGUGAUCUUGUCCCUCAAAUUUCUGUGGAAAAUGAAAAAGAGCAGAUUCUUGAUGAGAAAGAAGGACCACAGGAGCUUAGCUCUUGUGUUUCUCAGUCUAAGCUGGAUUUAAAGACUCUAUAUAUUGAAAGGAUGCAGCGGGAACAAGCCAAGAGAGAGGAAAAAGCAAGGCAGAAGCAGAAUUCUACCACUAUGGCUUCUCUGAAAUCAAAAAAUAAAAAACAUGGGAAAACCAAAGGAGGUCUGGCAUGUGACGUUGAAGAGGACUUUGAUGCACUCAUUGCAGCAUCAAUAAAAGCAGAUAGUAUUUGUGCAUAUUUAAAAUGCAAUGGAAGUAUUCUCACCUUUGGCCAACAUUGCAUCCACUGUAACAAGCGCUAUUGUCUCAGCCAUCACAUCCCAGAGGUUCACGGGUGUAGUGGGCAUGCCAAAGCACAUGCCCGAAAACUCAUCAGCAGAGAAGGUAUUCUGUACGCAGGCAGCGGCACUAAAGACAAAACAUUAGAUCCUGUGAAGAAGGCUCAACUACAGAGAAAGCUGGGAAAGAAGAUUGAUCAGUUAGCUAGCCAGCGAAGUGCCAAAAAGGAAAGUAAAAAAUGAAAAUGCUGUACCAUAAUUUAUUUAAGAACCUAAAUAUUGUAUAUUUAUUUCAAGAGUUUUCUUGCAUUGUAAACAUAACUCCUAGAAAACAGUAAUAAAUAUUUUUGAAUAUAAAUGGAAAUGGCACUAAAAUAAUUAUGAAAAAUGACUUUGAUGGCUUUGCUGUGGAUGUUACAGAUUGUGUAGUAAUAGACAUUGUUGAGGCAUAAUUUCUCAUCCUUUUACUGCCAGCAGCAGUUGAAAAGGCCAUGAGAGCAAUGAAAAGAUCUAGGACUACAAAUAAUAUUCCUGGCACAAAUUUCAUUGUGAUGGGAUUGCUGGAAUAGCAAUCAUUUGUAGCAUUCAGUUGGUCAUUAUUGAUCAUUUGACCUUGUUUGAAAACAUCUGUAAUGUAAUGGAAACUAAUAAAGUCAGAACUACUGAUUUCCAAAUGUCUUGCUGAUCAGUAAAAGUAUCGUAAUUAUUUGUCAAUAUCUAUCUAUAGAACUAUCUUUUUCUUUCCCAAUAAAGAAAGAGAUCCACUGAUUUCCUGCUGUGCUGUUCUAAAUGUGCAAGCUGUUAUUUGACCUCCAAACUUGCAAGCUUCCGCAGUUGCCUGAAGAGAUAACAUUGACUGUGAGGAGAACUUGAACAGUGGUCUUAAAGGGACAGGCCUAGUUGGUACCCAAGUACAAAUAUUUCAAAUACCAGAUGAUCAUCGAGAAACGGCACUGGAGAAAUGCAAGUAUAUAGUUACUCACUAGUGUCCUAUAAUUGAUACGGUGCAAUAGUAAGCAUGUUAACUAUUU